AGUACAUUCAAUCAUCAUCAUACGUAGGGAACAGGAUCGCAGUCGAGUAAUCGACCGCCAUUGCCCGAAAGGAAAGCUACGUUGACCUUCGUAGUAUACACAAGAUCAUGUUCCUAUGUUUAUUUCUGUAUCAAUUCCACGAAGAUCCAAAACCAAAUUUGACCUUCCAUCUACCUACCACAGCCGCACCUCCUUAAUGCCCGAAAAAUGAGCUUCGUGUUGCUUAAUUUUCUUUCUCUUGUCACUUGCCCGUUUUUUCUCGGAACUACAUUUGUUUCCUGUGCAAGCAGCACCGUGCCCUCCGUUGCCAACGAUCCGGUCAACAUCUUGCAGAAAAAUUCGAACUCAACUCAGCAGCCAUGGCCAGCCGCACCACUGCAAAUUCCAGUAACUCAGUCUGCCGAAGGGACCUGGAAACAGUUCUUGAGGAGCAAGGGAUACGAUUUUGUUUCGGCCAUAUCCGAAGGCGCGUUCGGACGCGUCUGGAAAUGUCGUACUCUGUCCCGUUACGUGGCGGUCAAGAUACCCGCGGGCAGUGGCACGUCUGCGUUCGGAAAAAUUGGAGGCGGGUUCGUGCAGCGAACCGAACCCGACUCGUCUGCAGGUCUGAAGAAGCCGGGUAGUAGUACAUCAAUUUCAGCUGCGACCUACGCGUUUGAUAACCAUGCGGAAGCGGACGCGUUGUAUCGGGAGUAUGAUAUCCUCCGCCAGCUCUGCCGCCGUGUGAUUGACACGCCUCAGUUUGCCCGUUUGGUCCCCUGUGCUGAUCUUGCGCUGCACGUCUUCCCGCAAAACAAAAAUUUGCUUUUUCUGGCCAUGGAACUGGUAUAGUACCUUGCUGAUGCAAGAUCAUAGAGCAGGUCGUGGAGUACUAAAUGAUUCGUGUAUAAUAGAAUACACAAGUUGGCUUUAUUUUCUAUUUCAAUUUCUGGUAUGACAAAUGUUUUUGCAUAGGAUAUUACGGAUUUCUUGAAGCAACGAGGUACUAGCGACAGGCACACAAAAAUGUGACUUCAGGCACCAGGACGCGAGCUUCGCGAAGUUCUCGACGAGAUUGAGAGCCAGCGAACCUACUUGGAAAGUCGGCGCGAGAAGCGUAGCAGAGCCACAGUUGUCUCUGCCCAGCUGCAGCUUCAUCCGCAACCACCCUCUUCUCCUGCUAGUACUUCUAGUGUCGGCCGAGCGAACGUCGACCCACAACAACAUGUUAGCCGCUUUACGAAUUUCCUUGCGGGCGGAGGCGCAGCACCAGCGCGCGACCAAGUACUAGAUGACCAGUCCGCGGCGCGGCGCGCCGCCCGUGAGAGGGAAGUAGAGCGGACGCAAUGGAGAAAGCUCGCCCGCGAUUCCAUGGCACUCAGCCGGGAACUGCUGCUGCUGCAGGUGAUGCUGCGCAAGUUGAGCCUGCAGCAUCGGGACCUGAAACCAGAGAACCUGUUGGUCUCCUUUGACGAAAAAGCGAAAACCUGGCGGCUAAAAGUCGUCGACUUCGGGUCUAGCGCAUUCGUCGAGAACCGGCCAUUUUCAGCAUCGCGGAACGAGUCAUCUGAUGAACAAGGACGACCUCCAUCUGCGGUCGCUAAAAAGGAUAUAAUUUCUUCACGACUGCUCGCAGGAGGAAGUGGUGGCGCAGCUGCCGUGGCGGUGGAUCUUCCUCCUGCUGCUACAAAAAUGCAAAACAAAAAUCCCGGCACUCAUUCACCUCGCCUCACGUCGUACCAGACGGCUGGGGGCACCGUCGGGUUCCUGCAGCCACUCACCGUGACCCUCGACCGCGAUCCCGAUAGCUACGCCAUUGGACUCCUGCUGUUCUACCUCUUCACUACCCGGUCGCUGCACAAGCAAUUGGACGAACGGAUUCUGUUUCUCGGCCUGCUCUACGCCGUGGUGAAAAACCAUCGAGCGCGGGCCCUUGAUUACGCCGAUGCACUGCACGGCGAGUACGCGAGCGCACUCGGCGGCCGCAACGAGCAGUGGCAGCCCCGUGGGCUAGUUCGGUACUAUGAGAUGAUGAGUACACAACCUCUAGCUCUACCUCCCGUCCUUCCCCCUGAUUUUUAGUCUCGCAAAGUCAAUGCCAAGUCAUCGCUUCGUCUUCCGUGUAACAAGCACCGUUUGCGUGACAGGAAGUGGUGAAGCCGAAAUAGCAUAUAGAAGCCUGUACAAAUUUGUCAUGCAAAAGCUGCCUCUUUGCCAGUGCCCGUAGUGCUGGGAUGCCUUUCAUGAGAGGGGCAGAUGAGAAGGAGUUGUGCACUGUCAUAGGUACGCCAUGGAGUUCAUGCGGGGUGACAACGAUGCCGCAACUCCGCCUAUCCAUUGCAAAAGUAUCGUGCUACUCGUACUACUGGUACAAGUAUCAAUUCUUGUAUCACAAUGAAUUCCCCCAAGGUCAAAAUUUCAAUUUCUUAAUAUGGAAAGUACAAUUAGUACGAAUUUUUCGGACUCGAUCCUUUUGCAGCGGAUACCGGCCGGCAAACCGCAAAAUGCCGCCAUUCUUGCCAGUCAACAGCAGCUGCAGGCGGUGUUCGCAAACAAAGCAAAACUCUCCGAGUUCUUCGCAUUGCACAUUCACGAGUAUAACAAAGCCAUUCGGCGGGGCGAGACGAGCUACGUGUUGCCAACAAUCGCGAAUACGAUCGGUGAGGUGGAGUCCUCGCAACUUGUCUCAUCAGACGGGGCGCAAGAUCAGAUGGUGCAGCUGUGCAGUAGUCCAGAGCAGGCCGGGGUGGACGAAGGUGACGACACGGACACCAUCGAUCGACUGGCCGCGAGCGGCAGUGUGAACAACUUCUUGAACAGUGUUUCCUCUGCUGCUGGGAUCCAAAAGCAAAAGUCGGGUUCCGAGUCGUUCGCGCUGGGGAGAGACGACCAGGCGACGGCAAAAAAGAAUCCACUUAGGGUGACGUCGCCGCAUGGUAGUUCUUGUGGUCGUGCCCCCUCUAGUACAACUUUCUCGAAGAUGACGAUGAACAAUAAAGCGAACAGCAACGACGUUGUCUUUGCCUACAUGCUCACAAACAUGAUAGGCCUGAAGUACAACCCGAGCGAAAUCGAGUACAGCAACCCGACAUUUUUGUUCCGCCACAUUGACCAACUUCUCGGACACGAAAAAUUUUCCGACCUGGUUGCGCCAGAUGCAGGACAACUUGCCGAGGAGGCCCUCGGGGGCGCGCGGACGGGGACUGGCCGGCCGAAAAGCCCGGAGUUGAUGUCCGGUGGUGCAGCUGGUGUAGAUCGGCUGCAAGAUCAUUUCGACAGGGAACUACUGAUGCGCCGCCCACUCCUGUCGAGGCAAGGAGGUUCGCUGGUAAAUUCUUUGGGCCCGCGUGCCUUUUUCCUCCGGAUUUUUCAGACGGACGCCACCUCAACUACUUCUAGCAGCUCCCAAGUCGCAACGCUGGCUGGCGCUGCCUUGUUCUUUUUUCUGCUAGUUGCUGGUCUGACCCUCAUCAUCGCGCUCUUCCUGCAGAGGUAUGACCGAAAAGGUCGCGCGCAGCCAGGAGGCGCACCACUAAUGCGAAGUAGCAAAAACAAGCCGCUCUUGGUCAAGAAAAAAAAGAACCAACUGGUAAUGUCCUCUGAAAAGUCUUCUACCGCGUCGAGUGCGGAGGGAAUUGGCGCCGGAGUUGUGAAAAUGGGAAAAGCCAAACCUGUUGCGAAGAGGGGUUUGUAG